UUUCUCCACCUGAAUAAACACUUCGAGAUGCACGAUGGGGAUACUUUUGUGGUUGGGCUUGGACUGAACGUUGGGCUUAAAAGCUUCUUCAACCAUUAUCAGACCAACCAAAAAGCGUGUCCAAGCCCAUCGUCAACGCAAACAGUAUUUCCAACGGAAAAAUCGCGUCCUUCUCUCGGCGGUAGAGCCAGUCGCCGGGUUAUGGACGCGUCGCAGAACUCGGCGGCGGCGGCGGCAGCCGUCGCUGGUGGCGGAAACGGUACGAUUAUAUCUCAAAACCGCGACGCCUCAGCCACGAGGGCCUCACAAACGAGCAGCGAUCCGAAGCAAAACCUGAGCCAGGUCAUAAACUCGAUCCAAAAGACGCUCGGACUCAUCCACCAGCUCUCCCUCACCGUCUCUUCCUUCAACGCCGCUUCCCAGCUCCCCCUGCUCCAACGCCUGAAUUCGCUGGUUUCGGAGCUUGACAACAUGACGAAGCUGGCAGAGGAGUGCGAUAUCCAGGUCCCCAUGCAUGUCCUCAAUUUAAUUGACGACGGCAAGAAUCCGGAUGAAUACACGAGGGAUAUUUUGAACGCCUUCAUUGCAAGAAACCAGGUCACCAAAGGCAAAACCGAUGCUUUCAAGGGUUUCCGAAGGCAUCUUCUUGAGGAACUUGAACAGGCAUUUCCAGAUGAAGUGGAAUCUUUCAGGGAGAUACGAGCAUCUUCUGCAGCUGAAUCCAAACGGCUUGCACAAGCACAAAGCAUAUUACUGAAUGGUAAUGUUAAAGUCAAGCCUGAGCUUUGAAGCCAUUGUUAGAAUGAAUCAGGUUAAUUUAGUAAUUUUUUUUGUUUUGAAAGGCGAGGUUAAUUUAGUAUACUUGUAUUGUUUGCAUACUCAAUCUCAGGGUUUGUCGACUACACAUAUAUUUAUUGUCCGUAACUGGUUACGAUAAGUGUAGAUCUUUCCGUUUAAUAAAACGAUAAGUCUAGAUCUUUUUUAGAUGUAGUUACUUUUAAAUUCCUGAAGCAAAUAUUUUUAAGAAGAGUUUAGUGUUUGUUGUAAUUAUCAUGAUAAUGGUACUGGUUCACAAUCA